CACCCAUCCACUCACCCAUCCACUCACCCAUCCACUCACCCAUCCACCCACUCACCCACCCACUCCCACCUCACCAAAAUGCCGCCCCAAAAACGCAUGACCGCGAAUCCGGUCAAGCCAGCGCGUUAUCGCGCUGGCAAGGCCGCUGCACCCGAAUCAUCCUCCGAAUCCGAAGCCAGCGGCUCCGAGCAGGAAGGCGAAACCAAAAAAGCACCGACUAGGAGGACAGCACCACCACCCAAAUUCGCCAGCGCUGCUGGUGCGGGACGUAUUAUCAGCCGUGGCGAUGGCGCCAAGAUCAACCUCAAGGGCGUCGGGAUAGCAGAUGGCGAAGACGAGGAAGCGCGACGGAAAGCCGCCAAGGUGGCCAGGCUGGAAGCGGAAAAGAAAGCAAAAGAGGAGGGAUUCGUGACCGAGGAAGAGGAGGAAGAGAGCGAGGAAGAAGGCAGCGAAGAGGAAAGCUCAGAAGAGGAGAGCAGCGAAGAGGAGGAAGCCCCCCGGCGGCUGAUGAUGCGACCCAAGUUCAUCCCCAAAAGCCAGCGCCAGGCCAACGGCGCCGCACCCACACCCUCAACCACAACCCAACCAUCCGCCCCCGAAGAAGACGACGAAGCCGCCGCCGCCGCCGCCGCGGAGGAAGCCCGGCGCAAAGCCGCGGACGAGCUCGUGGAGGAACAGAUCAAAAAAGACCUGGCCGCGCGGGCGGCGGGCCGGAAGCACUGGGAAGACGACGCGAGCGGGCCGGAGAACGAGGUCGACGACGCGGACGACGUGGACCCGGAGGCCGAGUACGCGGCGUGGAAGCUGCGGGAGCUGAAGCGGCUGCGGCGGGAGCGCGAGGCGAUCGAGGCCCGGGAGCGCGAGCUGGCCGAGAUCGAGCGCCGCCGCAACCUGACCGAGGAGGAGCGCCAGGCCGAGGACGACGCCCACCUGGCCCAGCAGCGCGAGGAGAAGGAGGGCCGCGGCAAGAUGGCGUUUAUGCAGAAGUACUUCCACAAGGGGGCGUUUUACCAGGAUGAGAGCAAGGCGGCGGGGCUGGAUAAGCGGGAUAUUGCCGGCGCGACGUUCGUGGAUGAUGUUAAUCGGGAACUGCUGCCCAAGGCGCUGCAGAUGCGGGAUAUGACCAAGAUUGGUAAGAAGGGCGCGACCAAGUAUAGGGACCUCAAGAGCGAGGAUACGGGGCAGUGGGGCCGGCUGGACGAUAGCCGGGGGAGGCGGGAUUUUGACCGCAAUGUGGACGAGCGGUUUCAACCGGACGACCACCGUCGGGACUGGGAGAGGGGCGGCGAUGGUGCGAAGGGUGCGAACGCCAUUCCGCUCGGCGAGCGGGGACAGAGGCCGCGUGAAAGCCGCGAUCGGGACAGGGGGUACUACGACCGAGACAAGGGCGGAUACAAAGAUGCGAGUCGGGGAGAAGGCAGAGACGACCGGAGGGACUCAUACCGACAGCGCGAUGACGACCGGGAUAGGAGAUGGUCGAGGUCUCCGUCCCGGUCCCGGUCGCCCCGGCGAGACCGGAGUGAUCGGCGGAAACGGUCCCCCUCCCGGGAACGGGAACGGGAUCGGUACGAAAGCGAUAAGCGGCGGAGGGUGGACACCCGAUAGGCGUUCCAUGCCUUCCAAACAGCUCUAGGAUGUAACUUGUAAUAUAUCAUGCUUGAUACCC